AUGAUAAACAAACCUAACAUGUCCUCUGAAACAACUUCAAAAGAAGAAGCAAAUAAUGCUGAAUUGCUUUCCCUAAUUAGAAAGUUCCAAUUCACAAGAGUACUAGAUUCUAAUCCUCAAACUAAAGUUAUCUCUCUACUAGGUAUUAUUGAUGACAAAGAGGCAAUCAUUACAGCAGAGAAGACCCAUUUCACCUUUGAUGAGAACAUAAGAAGACCAUCUCAGGAUGGUACAAGUACCCCUGUAUUCUAUCAAUGUGAAAAUGAAUAUUCUUGUGUGAAUGGCAUUGAAGAAUUAAAGGAAAUUACAUCUAAUGAUAUUUAUCAUUGGGGUCUUUCUGUAAUGAAACAAAAUAUUAAAUAUAAUCCAACUGCAAAGAUUAACUUAAUUUGGCCGGCAACUGAAGUUCAUAUUAGAAAGUAUGAACAACAAAAUUUCCAUUUAAUUAGAGAGACUCCAGAAAUUUAUACAAGAGUAGUCGAACCAUAUGUUAAUGAAAUGUCAAAUAAUAAGAGACUUAAAUGGGUAGAUAACAUUUUAUAUGAAGGCGCAGAAGCAGAUCGUAUUGUAUUUAAGGAUUAUCAAGAAGAUAAUAAACGUGACAGUUUCGUUGUCUUACCAGAUAUGAAAUGGGAUGGUAUUAAUAUUGAUGCUUUAUAUUUAGUGGCUAUUGUCUAUAGAGAUGAUAUUAAAUCAUUAAGAGACUUGAGACCCAAUGAUCAGGAAUGGUUAAUAAAUAUUUAUAACAAGAUUAAAUCUGUGAUUCCUGGUUGUUAUAAUUACGCUGUCCAUCCUGAUGAAUUGAGAGUGUUUAUUCAUUAUCAACCAUCUUAUUAUCAUUUCCAUAUUCAUAUUGUUAAUGUUAAACAUGCAGGUUUAGGUAACGGGAUCGCUGCAGGUAAAGCUAUCUUAAUCGAUGAUGCCAUUGAACUUCUGAACUAUUUAGGUCCAAAAGGUUUUAUGAAUAAAACUUUAACAUAUGUUAUUGGUGAAAAUCAUGAUUUAUGGAAAAGAGGUUUAGAAAGAGAAGUUGAAAAACAAUUAAAAGAGGACGGUAUUCCUAAAGUACCAAAACUUGUAAAUGGAUUUUCAAUGGAAAACCAGUAA